CGGUUUAGAGUGAAUCCCCUGCCGUUCUUCCUUUCUUGGUUCAUCCUCCAAAUUUGACAAAGCUUUCAACUUUCUCGUUUUUUGGAGUUUUGGGUAUUAAAAUCCUUUGAUUUUGAUCCAAAAAUCAAAGUAAACAGUGAUGAACAAAGAAAGAAAGAAGUAAUUUGUCCAUUUAUAUUCAUUAUGUGCAGCAAUGAGCAGCAUUAAUGGCAGAAAAAUCGUUUCUUUAUUCAAAUCUGGAACAUUACUUCAAAACCCAGAAACAGAUAUAUGAAUGGCUGCAAGAAUCUGCAUCAAACACUUAACCCCUUAUUUUUCUUUAACAAAAAAAUCCCAAUUCUCUUCAUUAACACCUUCUUAUCAAUCCAAAGCUUUGGAGUUUCUUGAUUCAUGUCAAAGUUUAGCUCAGCUCUUUCAAAUCCAAGCACAUUUGAUAAUAACUGGUCUUUUACAAGUUCAAAAUCCCUCAUAUUCUUGCAGAUUUUUGAAGCUCUGUACUCAACAUUGUGAUGAUAUUGAAUAUACUGCAUUGGUAUUUAGGUGCAUUCAUUUUCCUGAUACUUUUUCAGUUAAUACUGUUAUAAAAUCUUAUGCUUGUAGUACUUUGCCUGAUAAUGCUGUAGUUUUCUAUUACCAAAGGCUUAAAAAUGGAUUCUUGCCUAAUAGUUUUACGUUUCCACCUCUCAUGAGUGCUUGUGCUAAAACGGGUAGUUUGGAUUCGGGCCAGAAGUGUCAUGGACAAGUUAUGAAAAAUGGUGUUGAUGGAGUUUUACAAGUGCAGAACUCUAUAGUGCAUUUUUAUAGUUGUUGUGGUUUUAUUGAUCUUGCUAGGAAGGUAUUCGAUGAAAUGCACCAGAGGGAUGUUGUGUCUUGGAACAGCAUUAUGAAUGGAUAUGUAAAAGUGGGUGAAUUAGUCGUUGCGCGACAGUUGUUUGAUGCAAUGCCAGAGUGUAAUUUAGUUGGGUGGAACGUCAUGAUGACUGGGUAUUUGAAUUCGAAUAACCCUGGGAAGUGCCUAAAGUUGUUUAGAGAAAUGGUACAGAGGGGAAUGAAUGGGAAUGAUACAACUAUAGUUAUUGCUGUUACUGCUUGUGCUAGGUCAGCUCGAAUGAAGGAAGGAAAAUCUGUUCAUGGGUGUCUUGUUAAGGCAUCGAAAGACUUGAAUUUGAUUAUUAGUACGACUUUAAUCCAUAUGUAUAGUAGAUGCGGAAGAGCAGAAAUAGGUCGUUUAAUUUUUGAUCGGAUAUCAAUCAAGAACAUAGUUUGCUGGAAUGCAAUGAUUUUAGGGUAUUGCAUUCAUGGAAGCCCAAAAGAUGGGCUUAAUCUGUAUUCAGACUUGCUGAGUAAUAGAUUAGAAAGUACAGACAAAAAUCAUGUCAAGAGCCGUGUGCUUCCUGAUGAAAUCACAUUUGUCGGCGUCUUAUGCGCUUGUGCCCGUGAAGGACUGUUGACAGAAGGACGAAAACACUUUGGAAACAUGAGUGAUGUGUUUGGUAUAAAGCCCAGCUUUGCACAUUAUUGGUGCAUGGCUAAUCUUUUGGGAAAUGUUGGCCUAAUGCAAGAAGCAAUAGAAACACUGAAGAACAUACCAGUGGAGAGCAAUUUGGCACUGGAAUCCUCAUUGUGGUCUGAAUUGCUUGGUUCAGCACGCUUUGGACGGGAUGUAAGUUUAGGAGAACAAAUUGCGAAUAAGUUGAUUGAUCAAGACCCCGAGAACUUUUGGCAUUAUUUAUUGCUGGUGAACGUCUAUGCUGCAGCUGGUCGUUGGGAUGAAGUAGCUCAGACAAAGGAGAAAAUGAAGAAUAGAGGAAUAGAAAGAACACCAGGUUGCAGUUUAAAAGACUUGAAGGAAAUUGUUCACAACAUGCCAGCCACAUAAACUGCAGAUGUCUGUGCAUCUUUGAUACUUUGAGCUCUAACAAUGAAGAAUUUAAAUUGCACGAGAUGCAGCAGCAGCUUCAAUGUAAGCUUUUGAUGGAUCUAUGACUAACUGUCCUUGCAUCAGAAGGAACUUUGAAAAAGCUAAACUUCAUGGGAGGCUUUACUGAUGACUUGCUUACAAACUUAAAUGUCUACUGCUGUGCCCUCGUCCAAGAAUGACUCAAAGUCCAGAUAUGCGGGGCUCAUGGGAUGCUUUACUGGAUUUCUGAUUUCAAAAAUGGAUUUUGGAAUAAGGAAUGACUUGGAAGAUGGGAAUACUGCAAGAAGGUCCAUAAACAGAUGGGAGAUGUGUGGAACGGAAAAUGGCGGUAUAAACUGAUUAUGAAGAUGGUGGAAGAAAGGGCAGAACAAACAUUGAAGUUGCCCUCAAAUCAUGGCUAUUCUUGGUCAAGCUGAGACGAUAGAAUAUGUAACUGGCGGAUGGAAGCUUUUAUAGUGGCAGUCACCUAGGUCUCUUACUCAAGCUUUCGAGAUCCUGAAGAGUGGCAGUAAAACACCAUCAGGAGGAAUCAGGACAUUUCGGCUGAAUGAGAUGAAACUUGCAUUUCCUUAACCUGUUAUCGCACUUGAAUGUCCUUGCUUAGUUUGAAUACACAAGACCUGAGUUUAUGUGGUCACUAACAUCUACAUAUGUAGAUCAUGUACAAAUCUGUCAAUGGAUGGUGUGCUUACCACACAUAUUUUGACACCUCAAGAUGGUUUACUAUUCUGAUAUAAAGGCAUUUUUUCAUGAAGUUGGCUGGUAA